UACUAUAUCAGUGUUUAAAUAAAAUAAAAAAAACAAUACACUUGUAGUGAUAAUUAUGUCACUCCCGGUCCGACACUUAACGGUAGAACCGUUAGCUUUUCUAUACAUGUUUGCUAUUUUCGGUGAGUUUUCCACUUAUCAGGAUCUUGUAUGGGAACGGGUUUGCAGAGACUACUUCAAUGGCAGCACCUGUACUAUCAGUAAGAGUAGCCCCGAAAGCGACGCGUUGGCCACUAUUCAGGCCCGCAGUGCCGACCAAUUGCUCUACAAUAACAUUGCUUUAACUUGUGCCUCGAUUUUCGGCUCAUUUAUAGCCGGUUCGUACGGCGAUAUCAAUGGCCGGAUAUUGCCGCUAACAUUUCCACCACUGUUAUCAUUGGCCGCACAAGUAUUAUAUCUGUUCGCAGCUCUGUAUUUGUCCGACUCUGCCGUCAAUGUGUUAGCUAUGAUAACAAUGUGUCAACUGUUGGGCGGCAUAUCUGGCGGUUCUAUCAGUCUAUUGUCAAAUUGUUUUGGAUUUGUGUCCGACAUAACUGACUCUAAGAGCCGUACUCUCCGUAUGAUAGCACUCGAGGCCAGUAUUUUUAUCGGCGAGUUUCUCGGGUCAAUAACCACAGGUUUUAUACUGAAAAAGUAUUCAUCGCAUAGUUAUACUAAAUACUACAUAUGCUUUGGACUGUUUUUCGGCAUACAUUUAACACUAGUGUUGUACAAUUGGUCACGAAUUAGUCGCUAUCCUUUACCGCGUAGACACGUCAGCAUUGAGUCCCGAUUUUCAAUAAAAUCAGUUUAUAAACUUUUUACUGAUGUUAUGAAAACAGUUGUGCGGCCCCGGGAGGCCAACAAUCGCAAGAUAAUGUUCCUUAUAAUCGGUGCAUACAUUUUGAUAACAUAUGCCACAGAAGUGAUGAUUAGUCUAACGUUUCUCUAUGUCCGCAAUCGGCCACUCCUUUGGCAAUCAUCCGAUUAUAGUUUUUAUAGUGGUAUCCGAUUUGGUGUUACCGGCGCCGCACUACUGAUGCUGCCACUCAUAAAGCUAUAUGUAUGGCCAUCGCUGGGCGAUAUCACUAUUGCAGUUUUGGGAGUAGUUUCACGUAUGGCGGGACUUAUAGUUAUGGGAUUUGCUACCACUAGUGCGCUCAUGUAUUCUACAGUAGCACUAUUGAUGUUCAUUGAAUAUCCGUUACCCAUAAUCCGGUCACUAUUAUCCAAAUUGGUUGCACCGGACGAGAGGGGGAAAGUGUUUGCCUUUUUGACGCUUUGGUUUAACCUAUGCUCUCUGUCCGGUGGUAUUGUGUUUCCUAUAAUCUAUAAGCACUCUCUCAAAACUGGAGGCUAUACCGGCACUUGCUUUCAAUUAGCUGCCAGUUUCCAAGUGGUGGCAAUUGCACUGUUAGUAUACGUUAAAUAUGAAUUACCCAAAGCAGCAAUAAUACAAACAACUGAUAAU